AUGAACUCCACCUUGCUUGUGUUGGCUCUUGCGUUUUGCUUCGCCGUGGAUGCUUCCAGAUCGCCUUCAGCGCUUGUAAAUUUUGUUGCUACGAUUGUUCUUGCAGUUAUUGCUGUUGAAGUUACUGUUUCUGCUGUUGCGCGCCUGAGGACAAAGCCGGGGUUGGUCUCUUCAACACCAGUGCCACCAUCAUCGUCAUCAUUUUCAUCAUCUUCAUUGUCUUCAUCAUUGUCCAUUUCUACCUCAUCAACAGCUAAUUACGCCAAUUACGAAGUGUUCUUGAGUUUUAGAGGUCCUGAUACUCGUAAGGGAUUUGCAGAUUACCUCUACAUCAGACUGAUUGAUGUAGGGAUCCACGCCUUUAGAGACAAUGAGGAGAUUCCUCUCGGAGAAGAGAUCAAGGAUGCAUUGCUUGAAUCCAUUAAGCAAUCCAAGAUAGCAAUACCCAUUGUCUCCAAGAAUUAUGCAUCCAGUCGGAGUUGUCUCAGGGAAUUGGCACAAAUGCUGGAAUGCAAGAAAGCAAACAAUCAAUUGAUCGUGCCCAUUUUCUAUGAUAUUAGCCCCACCGAAUUAAAAUGCCAACGGGGAUUUAUUGAGCAAUGUUUUUGUGAGCACGAGAAGCAGGGAGUUGACCGCACGGACAUUGCUAAAUGGAAGUGGGCUCUUCGAAAGAUUGCUGGGAAGAAGGGGUAUGAUCUGCUGACUAGAAACAAUGGGUAUCAAGGUGCACUCGCAGAGGAAGUUGUUGGAUAUAUUAAAGAGGUGUUGAAGAAGAAUGAUUUAUAUGUACCCGACGGUUUAGUGGACAUUGAACAACCCAUACAAGAGGUUAUGAUAAAGCUUGGUGUCGUCUAUGCCAACAAGAAGGCAACCGGAGUAGAUGGCGAAUGUGUACGCGUGCUUGGGAUAUGCGGCAUGCCAGGGGUUGGCAAGACUACCGUUGCAAAAAUUGUGUACAACAAAAUCCAUCAUCUCUUUCAACGUUGUAGUUUUCUUCCAGAUAUUACAACAACUUUUGAAUCCAGUGGAGUCAAGGGGCUGCUAGAAAAGUUAAUCUCAGACCUCCGAAUGAAAAAUUAUGGAGGACUAAGUACUCAUGACCAAAGUAUUGAAGUCAUGAAAAAAUCAUUUAGAGAAAUGAAAGUUCUCAUUUUCCUUGAUGAUGUGCAAGAUUUUGACCACAUCAGGCAUUUAGUUGGGAAAAUAAGUUGGUUUGGCCCAGGAAGCAGGAUUCUCCUGACAAUCAGAAGAAAAGAUGUACUCUGUGAAUAUCGUGGAGUUGCUGAUACAUAUGAGGUCGAACCAAUGAGGUCUUGUCAUGCUCUUCAACUUUUCUGCAAGCAUGCAUUUUGUAAGUAUCCUCCUGAAGAAGAAAAGAAUGAGUAUUACCAUCUGUCCGUAGAUAUCAUUAACAGUUUUGAAGGGCUUCCUUUGUCUAUUCGGGAGACAGCUUCAUACUUAAAUAACUGUGGGUGGGAUAUAGAAAUAUGGCGAGAAACGUCCGAUUUUUCAAGAAAGAAGCUGGAGAGGAAAGUCAAAUUAGCAUUCGAGGCAAGCUAUAACUCUCUAGAUGAAUACACGAGAAAGAUAUUUCUCGAUAUAGCAUGUUUUUACAAUGGGAUGGACUGGAGAAUUCCUACAUGCAAGUGGCAAGCGAAUGGUUAUCAUCCUUUAAGAAGUAUCAAGAUUCUCAUUGACAUGUGUUUGAUCAAAAUAGGAGAAAACAAUAAAUUCUGGAUGCAUAAUCAGCUAAGCAAGUAUGGCAAGGAAAUUGUUGGGAAGCACAGUAGGUUGUAUAAUCACAAGGAUGCCCUUUCCACACUAAAGGGAAAUGAGAUGCGGAAGCCCUUUGUCUCACGUUUGAUGAGGGACGAAGUGAAUGUUUUAGAUCUGGAUCAUUUGGCCAUUUAUCAAGUGUGA